GCUCUUUCUUACCCAUAAUGCUUUGUGGGGACGUUGACAAGUGGAUCCAAGAUGGCGUAGAAAGUAAUGACAGGAAUUGGAUGAAGUAAUUGAUCACUAAAGAACUACAGUGCUGGUGAGAUGUAUUGAGGCAUAAAAUUGACAUUUUGCCCUUAAAAAAAAACCUGGGAAAGGAAGGUGGACAUAAACCAAGAUCCUUUUAAAUUAUAAAGAGCUCUGAUGGGCUAUUUGGGUGAUACCCAGUGCAGUGAACUGCAGGAUUUUUGUCCCUGAGUCAUGGAAGACAGAAGAGCUGAGAAGUCAUGUGAACAAGCAUGUGAAUCACUUAAGAGGCAGGACUAUGAAAUGGCCCUCAAGCACUGCACAGAGGCCCUCCUUUCUCUUGGCCAGUACUCCAUGGCCGACUUCACAGGGCCAUGUCCACUGGAGAUAGAAAGCAUCAAAAUUGAGAGUCUUCUUUAUAGAAUUGCCUCAUUUUUGCAACUGAAAAACUAUGGGCAAGCUGAUGAAGAUUGUAGGCAUGUGCUGGGAGAAGGACUGGCGAAGGGAGAUGGUGCCUUUCAGGCAGUGCUUUGCUGCAUGCAGCUGAAAGGAAAGCUCCAGACCGUAUCCAACAUUCUUGCCAAGUCACUGACAGGGGAGUCCCUGAAUGGGAUGGUAACAAAAGAUUUGACAAGACUAAAAACACUUCUCACAGAAACAGAGACAGCAACUAGUAAUGUCCUCUCUGGAUAUCAUGUGGAAGACUUAGAAGGGGGAUCUUGUAAUGGUUGGCAUUUCCGCCCACCACCUAGGGGAAUCACAAGCAGCGAGGAAUAUACUUUGUGUAAAAGAUUUUUAGAGCAAGGAAUCUGUAGGUAUGGUGCCCAGUGUACUUCAGCACAUUCCCAGGAAGAACUAGCAGAAUGGCAGAAAAGAUAUGCUUCACGGUUGAUAAAAUUGAAACAGCAAAAUGAGAAUAAACAGCUCUCAGGCAGUUACAUGGAAACCUUGAUAGAAAAGUGGAUGAAUUCAUUAUCUCCUGAGAAAGUGCUUAGUGAAUGUAUAGAAGGAAUUAAGGUAGAGCAUAAUCCUGAUCUGUCGGUUACUGUCAACACCAAAAAAUCUCACCAGACGUGGACUUUUGCUCUCACGUGUAAGCCUGCAAGAAUGCUGUAUCGUGUAGCAUUGCUUUAUGAUGCUCAUCGUCCUCAUUUUAGUAUCAUUGCCAUAUCUGCCGGAGAUAGUACUACCCAGGUAUCACAAGAAGUCCCAGAAAACUGUCAAGAAUGGAUAGGAGGAAAGAUGGCCCAAAAUGGAUUAGAUCAUUACGUGUAUAAAGUCGGGAUAGCAUUUAACACAGAAAUAUUUGGAACUUUUCGCCAAACCAUAGUUUUCGACUUUGGAUUGGAACCAGUACUCAUGCAAAGAGUAAUGAUUGAUGCAGCUUCUACAGAAGAUCUUGAAUACCUGAUGCACGCAAAACAACAGCUAGUAACCACAGCUAAGCGCUGGGAUGCUUCUUCUAAGACUAUUAUAGAUUUUGAACCUAAUGAAACUACUGAUUUGGAGAAGAGCCUUCUUAUCAGAUACCAAAUUCCUCUCUCUGCUGACCAGCUGUUUACUCAGUCCGUUUUAGACAAAUCAUUGACCAAGACCAACUAUCAGUCGCGGUUGCAUGACCUUCUUUAUAUUGAGGAGAUAGCCCAGUAUAAAGAAGUCAGCAAGUUCAACCUUAAAGUGCAAUUGCAGAUUCUAGCAAGCUUCAUGCUCACUGGAGUUUCUGGAGGUGCAAAGUAUGCUCAGAAUGGACAACUUUUUGGUCGCUUUAAGCUUACUAAAACACUUUCUGAAGAUACUUUGGCUGGACGGCUGGUGAUGACCAAAGUCAAUGCUGUUUAUUUAUUACCAGUCCCUAAAGAGAAGUUAGUACAGACCCAGGGAACCAAAGAGAAGGUUUAUGAAGCUACUAUUGAAGAAAAAACAAAAGAAUAUAUAUUUUUAAGGAUAUCCAGGGAAUGCUGUGAAGAACUUAAUCUUCGACCUGAUUAUGACACACAGGUUGAACUUCAGUUUCAGUUAAAUCGAUUACCCCUCUGUGAAAUGCAUUAUGCGCUAGACAGGAUCAAGGACAAUGGGGUUUUAUUUCCAGACAUCACUAUGACUCCAACUAUACCUUGGAGUCCCAAUAGACAGUGGGAUGAACAGUUGGAUCCUCGGCUAAAUGCAAAACAGAAAGAGGCUGUUCUGGCCAUUACAACGCCACUUUCAAUACAGCUGCCUCCUGUUCUCAUCAUCGGACCCUAUGGGACGGGCAAAACAUUCACUCUAGCUCAGGCCGUCAAGCACAUACUCCAGCAACAGGAGACCAGCAGGAUUCUCAUUUGCACCCAUUCUAAUAGUGCUGCUGAUCUCUACAUAAAGGAUUAUUUACAUCCAUAUGUAGAAGCAGGCAAUCCCCAGGCAAGACCUCUCAGGGUAUAUUUCAGAAAUCGCUGGGUAAAGACUGUCCACCCAGUUGUGCAUCAGUACUGUUUGAUCUCAAGCGCACAUUCCACCUUUCAGAUGCCACAGAAAGAAGAUAUUCUUAAACAUCGAGUGGUUGUUGUUACAUUGAAUACUUCCCAGUACCUCUGUCAGUUGGACCUUGAACCUGGGUUUUUUACACACAUUUUAUUGGAUGAAGCUGCCCAGGCCAUGGAGUGUGAAACCAUUAUGCCUCUAGCAUUAGCAACUAAAAGCACUCGGAUUGUCUUGGCUGGUGACCACAUGCAGCUCAGUCCUUUUGUUUACAGCGAGUUUGCCAGGGAGAGAAACCUUCACGUUUCAUUACUUGAUCGACUUUAUGAGCAUUACCCUGCCGAGUUUCCAUGUAGGAUCCUCCUCUGUGAGAACUACCGCUCCCAUGAAGCUAUCAUCAAUUACACCUCUGAGCUCUUCUAUGAGGGCAAACUGAUGGCCAGUGGAAAGCAACCAGCACACAAAGAUUUCUACCCAUUAACUUUCUUUACAGCACGAGGGGAAGAUGUACAAGAGAAAAAUAGCACAGCUUUUUAUAAUAAUGCAGAGGUAUUUGAAGUGGUAGAACGUGUGGAAGAGUUAAGAAGGAAGUGGCCAGUAGCGUGGGGGAAGUUAGAUGAUGGCAGUAUUGGUGUGGUGACUCCGUAUGCUGAUCAAGUGUUUAGGAUACGUGCUGAACUUCGAAAAAAGAGAUUAUCUGAUGUUAAUGUAGAAAGGGUGCUGAACGUUCAAGGAAAGCAAUUCAGAGUUUUGUUUCUUAGCACAGUACGUACAAGGCAUACUUGUAAACAUAAACAGACACCAAUUAAAAAGAAAGAGCAACUGCUGGAAGAUUCCACAGAGGACUUAGAUUAUGGUUUUUUAUCUAACUACAAACUUCUCAAUACUGCCAUCACAAGAGCACAAUCUCUGGUUGCUGUGGUGGGUGAUCCCAUUGCUCUGUGCUCUAUUGGAAGAUGCAGGAAAUUUUGGGAGCGAUUUAUUGCCCUGUGUCAUGAAAAUAAUAGCCUACAUGGAAUCACGUUUGAACAGAUCAAAGCUCAGCUAGAGGCUUUAGAACUAAAGAAGACAUAUGUAUUGAAUCCACUGGCACCUGAAUUUAUCCCCCGGGCUCUAAGACUGCAGCAUUCAGGAAAUACCAACAAGCUGCAGCAAUCACCCCCCAAGGGGAAAAACCUCCAUCAUACCCAGAAUGAUCAUUUCCAGAAUGAUGGAAUUGUUCAGCCCAAUCCUUCCGUACUUAUUGGCAAUCCUAUUAGAGCAUACACUCCUCCACCUCCUCUUGGACCUCACCCUAAUUUGGGGAAAUCUCCAAGCCCUGUUCAGAGAAUAGAUCCUCACACUGGGACGAGUAUUCUUUAUGUACCUGCUGUCUACGGAGGGAAUGUAGUUAUGUCGGUGCCUUUACCUGUACCAUGGACAGGAUACCAGGGUAGGUUUGCGGUUGAUCCUCGAAUCAUUACGCAUCAGGCAGCAAUGGCCUACAAUAUGAACCUCUUACAGACACAUGGACGGGGGUCUCCUAUACCUUAUGGCCUUGGGCAUCACCCACCUGUCAGCAUAGGGCAGCCACAAAACCAGCAUCAGGAGAAGGAUCAGCAUGAGCAAAGUCGAAAUGGUAAAAGUGAUACAAAUAAUCCUGGACCAGAAAUUAGUAAGAUUCAAACACCAGAGAAAAAGCCUACAGAAUCAAAACAGCUGGAAGGACUGAGUACCCACUGGAGAAGCUGCGGUGAAAUGAGGCAGCCCAAGGAACUUCUUGAUAGAAUUGAUUUGGAAUCGAAUCUACAGAACAGAAGUCCUGAAUCACGUCCUGGUGUUGUUUAUCCCAAUACCAAAUUUCAUCGCAAAGAUAAUCUCAACCCAAGACAUAUAAAUCUUCCUCUUCCUGCUCCCCAUGCACAGUAUGCAAUCCCUAGUCGUCAUUUUCAUCCCCUUCCCCAGCUACCAAGACCACCGUUUCCAAUUCCGCAGCAACACGCCUUGUUAAAUCAGCAGCAGAAUAAUUUGCCUGAACAUCCAAAUCAAAUGCCACCCCAACCAAAUCAGGUAGUCCAGCAGCAGAAUCCGUUGAAUCAGCUGACUCAGCAGCCACCUCCUCAACUUUCUCCUGCCUAUCAGGCGGGCCCCAGCAGCGCUUUUUUCAGUAAUGCAGUUUCUCAUCGACCGCAGUCCCCUCAUGCAGAGGCUGUGAUGCCUGAGCAGCAGCCCCCUCCCAUGCUGCAGGAAGGCCACAGUCCUCUACGAGCCAUUGCGCAGCCCGGCCCCGUUCUUCCUUCACAUCUGAAUAACUUCACUGAUGAGAAUCCCCCAGGACUGCCUGUAGGGGAGGCUUUAGAUCGUCUGCAUGGGAGUGUAGCUCUGGAAACAUUACGGCAGCAGCAAGUGCGGUUACAGCAGUGGAACGAGCAUCAUGCCUAUCUCAGUCAGGGCACUAUUCCCUACCCGCACCAUCACCAUCCUCAUCCUCACCUCCAGCAUCUUCCUCAGCCGCCCAUUGGAUUACAUCAGCCACCAGUGAGGGCAGACUGGAAGCUCCCCAGCAGUGCUGAAGAUGAAGCAGAAACCACAGACUCAAGGUUUCAAGAUUUAAUCAGAGAACUGUCUAAUCGUGAUCAAAGUGAAACACGGGAACUAGCUGAAAUGCCACCACCUCAAUCAAGACUUUUGCAAUAUAGACAAAUUCAAACUAGGAGCCCACCAGCAGUCCCAUCUCCCCCAUCCAGUACAGACCACAGUAGCCACUUUUCUAACUUUAAUGACAACAGCAGAGACGUUGAAGUAGCCAACAACCCAGCAUUUCCUCAGCGCCUACCGCCCCAGAUGUUCAGCUCACCUUUCUCAUUGCCAUCUGAACACCUUGCCCCUCCUCCCUUGAAAUACCUGGCACCUGAUGGAGCAUGGACUUUUGCUAACUUACAACAGAAUCACCUAAUGGGGCCAGGUUUUCCCUACGGCCUACCUCCAUUGCCUCACAGGCCACCGCAAAGCCCUUUUGUACAAAUGCAGAAUCAUCAACAUGCUGUUGGUCAAGAGCCAUUUCACCCAUUGUCAUCUCGAACAGUAUCGUCUUCUUCGCUCCCUAGCUUAGAAGAGUAUGAACCCAGAGGACCUGGUCGGCCCUUGUACCAAAGAAGAAUCUCAUCUAGCUCAGUCCAGCCUUGUUCUGAAGAAGUAAGCACUCCUCAAGACAGUCUUGCUCAGUGUAAAGAGCUUCAGGACCAUAAUAACCAAUCUUCUUUCAACUUUUCAUCCCCGGAGUCCUGGGUCAACACCACCUCAUCUGCCCCCUAUCAGAACAUUCCGUGCAAUGGAUCCAGCAGGACAGCUCAGCCCAGAGAGUUGAUAGCUCCGCCGAAGACUGUCAGACCUCCUGAGGAUGAGCUGAAGUCCGAAAACCUCGAGGUGUCCAGUCCCUUCAACUACAGCGUGCUGCAGCAUCUUGGCCAGUUUCCCCCCCUCAUGCCCAACAAGCAGAUCGCGGAGUCGGCCCACAGCAGCAGCCAGCAGAGCUCUGGGGGCAGCAAGCCCGCCAUGUCCUAUGCCAGCGCUCUGCGGGCCCCUCCCAAGCCCAGGCCCCCGCCUGAGCAGGCCAAGAAGAGUAGCGACCCUCUGUCUCUGUUCCAGGAACUCAGCCUGGGGAGCUCAUCGGGCAGCAAUGGCUUUUACUCCUAUUUUAAAUAAUCACUUUUUUCCCCUCAAGGGAGAAUGUUUUAAUUUCUGUUUGUAUCAAUAGAAUUAAGAUAGUUGGACUUCAUCUAUAGAUGCACAGUUCCCUUUGUUUUAAUAUUACAUAUGUUCUCACUUAAUUGCUUUGCUGCUAGACUUGCAACUAAUUUUUUAAAAGUAUAUUCCAUUAUUUUGCAUUUUUGAUGUGAGUCAGAAUUUUGACAGCUUUUAUGUAGAAUAAAAACUAUUUUUAAAUUUGUGUAUUGUUACAUAUGUUUGCAUCAAGCUAGCAGCUAAGAGGUUAAUUGUGCAACUAUAAAAAAAGAGAAAAAAAAGUUUGUCUAAAAAUGUAUUUAAAAAGAAAAAAAAUUGUAAGUAGCAUUUACAUUUAUUCAAUAAUAUUACCAUAUGCUGGGUUUCUGUACCAGAAAUGGCCAGUUGAUGUACAAAUGUAUGUUAUUUUUGCUUAAAUUCCUUUAAAAUUUUUUAAAAUAAAGGGGCAGCAUCUUCUAAAUACUUUAAGUUUUAUCAGCUUUUUUUUGUGACAAGAUGCUGCAUUCUAAAACUUUUAUAGUUUUAGACUAUGUAUGAUGUGCUGUUGUAAUCUCCAUCCACUGUAGGAUAGAGUUAAAGGCAUUCUUUGCAGGUGUAUUUCGUAUGCCACUGUUUUUUGUAACAUGAAAAAACAUUGGCAUACUUAGUUAUUUUUUGGACAAGCUAUACUUCAAGCUUGUUUUUAAUGUUAAUUUGAUAGUGUGUUUUUUUUUUUAAACAAAUCAUGAAGCUGAAAAAUUUUUAGGAUUGUUGGUGCUUAGUAGACUUGAUAACUAUUUUAAAAAUGCGUGAAUUUGGUAAAAUCCUUUUUUUCUCACUAUGCAUGUGUAAAUGUUUGUAAUCUGGCUUUCCCUCCCUCUCCAGUGGUAUAAAGAAUUGUGCCGCUUUAAGGUUUUUUUUCCCUCCAGUAAAGAUUUUGGUACCUUAUUUGAUGUUUCCAUAAAAAUGUGACAUUACACAUGACAAUUCAAAUAUUUUGCUAACUGUUUGGUUUGAGGAACAUCAUUAAAGAAGCAAUCGAAUGUUUGUCAAAGAUGUAUCAAAAUUCAUCAAAAUCUGGGGCAAAAAACUACCCUUGUUUUUCAUGUCUUUCGAUUCUUCUAAAAUAACCCCACUGAACUUGUACAAAAAUAUAAAAUUUAAAUAGCUCUCUUAUAUUCUACGGUCUAAAACUUGUUUUGAAUGAACUUUGGUACAAUCCAAAGGAAAACAUUUACCCUGUUAAAACUUGUGGUCUCGUAACGCUUUGGAAGCGAUGCAUGUCCUUACUGUUUUCCUGGCCUAGUAGUACUACUUUUAUACUUCAGAGCUCUCUUGAAACGACAAUAUAACCUUUUUCUUUUAAUAAGAUGAGGUUGGGAAACAUUGCAGAUGAACCAGUGGAUCCUCAUGGUCCAUUUAACAAUAGUUUUUUGGAGGCCUCCUUUUGAAGAGGCCCUCCUGUAUUCACAGUACAUUUUUAAAACGGGGUUGAAAAGUGGCAAGUGUAAAAAAAACUACGUACAUCUCUUAUAUGACUGGAGUUAGUUGGUGUUGGCCAGCUGCAGCCCCCUCUCAUCCUCGGACAGUGUAGGAGCAGAGUGCCUUUAGGUAAAGGUUAUCAAGCCGCAGGACGAAUGAAGGGUGCCUCUGGCUCAGUUCUGUCUCCCCGCGCAGAGGGCGGUUCAUUUGUAUGUGGCUUCAUGUUCCAGGCUGCGGGUCUCCGGGUGAGGUGGCACAUGUCGCCCUUAGACUGCAGACAUGUUAACGGUUAGCAUAAGUCACAGCUGGAAAACGGAGCCAGCAAGUUACAGCACCACGUUUUCUCUGUAUGAUGUCAGAUCACUGCAUUUAGCUAUGCCCAGUUUUACUCAACAUACUUUAGUUAUAAGAAAAAUUUUUGCCGUAUAGCUAUGUAUUUCCAACUCUGUGACAAAACUCAAGACAUAGCCCAAAUGAAAAUUAGAUCUCCCCGAUGUGAGGAUGUCUAUGAAAAAUAAUUUUCUCAUCACUGAUGAGUCUCCUCCCCCAAAAUAGACAGGACUAGAACACGAGCCAGGUGCAUGCUCAAAAGCAUGCUGAUAAUAUGAAGACAGAGCUGUCACGCCAGGGCUUGCAGUUAACCCUUGUCGUGAAGUAAUUGCCUAGUUUUCUAUUUUCCAUACUUGAACCUUUAAAAUAUAUCAGUUUUUAAAUUAUUUAUAUUUAUAUUUAAAGAGGUCAUGUACACACCCCCACCACCUUAUAUAAAUAUUGAUGAUGGAAGCUUUGGAUAAAGAAGCUGUUAAGUUGAUGAGGCAUCCCUGUUCUAAGCAGUUAUUUUUAAAAAACUAAAAAUAACGGCGACUUAAGUCCACUGCUCUGCUAUAAGCUUCUGAGUGUUCGUUUCCUCAUUGUUUCUACAGCCAGACAAGGCUUUGAAUGUUGUUUCCGUCUGAUACUCUUAGAUUCUGCUUUGAAUGCAUAUUUCAAAUUCUAACAAGCUUAUUCUUUCUCAGCAUUGCUUAAUGCCAUCUUUCCAACCGGGCUUUAAAUCUGUUAUUUAUGCGUAAUGUCUCGUAAUGGUGUUGAGCAAGUCUUACUGCAGGAAUCAUUACAAGUUUCUGUUGAAAUGAGGCGUGGCUUCUGAGUACCUUUCAUGCUGUUUGGAUAUUACUUGGGUAGUAUUAGUAAGUACCCACAUAUCAGACUGAUAACUUAUUUUGUAUACUAAGUUCAACCUUAGAAUUCAGAUGGAACUCUUUUUUUUUUUUUUUUUUUUUUAAGAAAACUUGAUGUUAGCUCUUGGAUAAUACCAAGUAUUACCAACUUACUUUUCUUCCAGAACAGAUUUCUUCUUAGUGAGGUUAAUUGUACUCAUGAUGUCUUUCUACUUCUUUGUUCUGUAUAUCACUCUGAAGUUUCCUUCUUCUUGCCAGAACUAUUUUUUAUUCAUUUCACUUUUUAAUUUCAGUGCUAUUGAGAUUUUCUUUUUUUACCUUAAAGAAAUUCUUUUGGGUGAUAGAAUUUGUAGUCAUGCUAAAUUUUUUUUCCUGAUCUAAAAAUGAAUUUUUGUUAAGAUUUGAAGAGCCUCAGUCAGUGUAACAUGGAUAUUUUCUAGUGCGUUUGUAAAAGAGGUUUUGGUUGCCAUUUGGGCAUCUGCUUUGCCAAAUCGUUACAGCAGAGCUUUGUUUUUGAUUAAUCAGUAGUUAAUUAUUGACCAUUUAAACUAACAUGACCUUAAUUUUCCUUUCCUCAGACAGGUAUGCUUCUAGCCAAGUCAUUUUGUAUAUAUGAAAUAACAAACUGCUUUGUGUGGUUUUUUUCAUCAGAAAUUCUAGAAUAAGUUCAAGUUCGAUGUAAACACCAAUUGGUCUUCUCAGUUCAGAGACUCGCAGAAUAAGUAAAAUAAGGAGAAUUCCCACUGAAUAAGCUUUACCUAAUAAAACAUAGCAAUCUCCAAGACCCAUAGUCUCCUUGCUUAUGGAGGUAUUGAAAUUGCUGAGAAAGCUAACUGAAUCUCUUAACUUUGAGAUAAUUAAUAUAUAGUAUUAUCUUGCUCUAGUGUAGUUGAUUUCACCUGUUUAAUAUUUUCCGUGUAGAUUCAUCUCAAGAGCAAUGCUGUAAACAUAGAAGAAUGUAUCUCUAGCUGCCUUGGCUAGAGAGAGCCACCUUGCCUAAGAGCCAGGGUGUGAAAAAAUUUCAAGAUAAAUUUUACUUUUCAACUGUUGUUAAGAAAAUUAGAUUUACUGAAAUAGUCGUUUUAAAAGAGACACCUGUUAAACUUAGAUAGCUUUGUUUCAUAUUGGAGUUGUUUUUUAAAAGGGAAUACCAGAAAAAACAAUCUAUAAAAAUACAAGAUUUAAACUUUAAAUAUAUUGAAAGAUACAAAAUGCUGCCUUAAAAUGUUAUUUAGGCUACCAUCCAUUUUUUUCUUCUGGCUCCACAAAGGUAGUAAUUGUCUUUUAUGACUUACCGGACAUUGUUUCUUGCUAACCAUCUCCUUGGUAUAUGGAAACCCUCAGUUUCUACCACCACCCUGUGUCUUCCUAAAUCUUGAAGUAAAUGUUUUGAUGCAUCUGAUUUUUCUCCCCUCUUUGCCAUCUGAUCCACAAACUACUUGGCAAUUAGAAAUAAUAGAGAAUGUUCUAACUAUGAUUUCUUGUUCCAAAUAUCACUUAGUGAUGUCCAUCAAAUUAUAUUAUAAAGGUAUCAUGAAAGAGUGAGUGGCACGUUAGUCUUCAAAGUGCUCAUUAUCUUAGGCUUCCCGCAUUUUCCAUCUACUUGGGGUUGGAUGUUUGUUUGCUGAGAUUUUACUGUAAAGCUGCUGAAUUCACACUUAGUGCUCUCACACCUGUUUAAUUAGCAAUUUCAAGACCAUUGUUACAAGGAGUGAGUCUCACUAACAUUUAACAUUCUUACAAAACACAUUCAGAAAAUGGCAUGGUUAUUACUUUAAACUAGAAUGUCAGAUUAAACAGAUUAAAAAUUAAAACUUUUUAAUGUAACAUUUAAAAUUUUUGAAAUGAUUGAAAAUAUCUACUUUGGAAUAAACUUUAAGGAAACAGUCACAGGAGUUUCUAAAUUUUUUUGAAGGGAGGUACCUAAUAGAAGAAUCUAGACUUUGUAACGUGAACUGUGGUUAAAUCCUGAACCCAGUUGUACAGUAGUGGUCUAAGCUUCUAAAACUGGAGUGUUAAGAAAACCCAGAGACAUUCAUAUACCUAUAGUUUCAGUAAUCAGAGUAUUAGACCAGACUUUAUUUGCAAUUUGUUCAACAGAGAGAUUUUAUUUUGAUACAAAUAUUAAGCAUAAAGCAUAGUAGGUUUUAUAUAAUUCUAUGAGUUCAUUAAACAAUAUUAUGGAAUUUUCAUUAUGUUCUUGGGGAGUCUUUUUAGCUAUUUCUGCACCUCAUAUAUGAGGUCUCUUCUGUAUUUUAUUUUGCAUACUAGCAUGUGACUGCCUGCCUUAGAACUAUGUAUAGGAGGGGAAACUGAUAGUACUUUUUAAAAAAUAUUUGAUUUUUUUUAAAUAAAAGUUUUCAUUCUUUUUUUGAUGUUUGCGCAGUAAAGGGGAAAGGGUGGCAAAUUACAUAGGUUUCAACACAGAGUAGAAGUCACACAAUAGUAUCUGUUUACAAAUCUGUCCUCUUUUAAGAUCUCUGAAUUUUGAGCAGAAUGGGACAGUGGUUCUCAGACUUUAGUCAGCACCAGAAUUAUCUCCACCCCCAGAGGUUCUGAUUCCAGGCUGGAGCCUGAUCAUUUGCAUUUUUCCAACAAGUUCCCAGGCGAUGCCAAUGCUGGGAACCACUUGAGAGCCACUGGUCAAGAGAAAGUCUGACUGUCUUUUCAACUAGGCAUAUAUUUACUUAGUGUAAAAAACUGAUCUCUUGAAACAUUCUUACAAUUCUGUUGCCAUGAGUGGGACAUUCAUGGGCAAAGAUCUCUCUGGAGUGACAAGCCCUUUGGGUGGCUGCCGCCCCCUCCCAUUGCCCACCCCUCUAAGUUUGUGCUGCUUUUCCACACCAGGGCGCAAGAGCUCUUUCAUUUCUAGGGUGAGUUUGGUUCUGUGUACACUGCAGCCUAGGCUGUGGUCUGUGAGCUGUGUGUUUGUUUGGUGUGCUCAGAGUCGAUCUUGAUGAUCUGUACCCACGGAGACGAGAAUUGUGGAAGGAAGCCAUCAGAAUGUCACGAGAAUGCACCUUGCAUUUAUCGUGGCGCUAGUACAGGAGGCCCUGUCCUAAGAGGGCAGUGAUGUGGAGCAUCGAAAACAAUAGAUAAUCCCCAAAGAUGACGUUCAUAGGUUUUAUGUUUUGGGGGGUGAUGGGGGGCGGGGCGGUGAGGGCAAAGGAUUUGGUUUUCAAAUUAUGUGUUUCUCAGGUUAAGCAAGUUAUUUUGGAUUCUCUGCCUUGCCAGCAGGUGUUAGGGGAGCCUGAAGAGUUGUAUAUGGCAGAAAAUUGAUAAUUGUCUCUGAUUACUUUGCUACCUUUAAAAAAAAUCUAUAUGUGUUUGCAAAACAGUCUAGGGGAAUCUGCCACCUACACAGCAUGAGUUAUUCAUAAACCAUAGGUGCACAUGUAUGAGCAAGUUAUUUUUAAGAGAGAGACUGCCUAUAAUAUAAUAAACCUGACAGGUCUUUGGAUAUUUUAAAACGUGUGUUCUUGUCGUCAUCGUCAUAUUCCCCCUGGACUGCUGCUCGAGGGGGACCGCGCUCUGCCUCUGGUUUUUAGUUUGGCUUUGAAUUUACUGAGCUACUAGAAAGAGAAAAAAUAUUUUUAAGGUAAUAGAUUAUAGGACGACUUAGAUGUAGAAGUACAUGAGAAGCAUCCUAGAAUGCACAGCUCUGGAAUUCUUCAAACAGCACUUCCUCCUUGAAAGCUUGAUAACCUUGGUGGGGAUUGUCCAUUUGUUCAGCACGGGUUACUGUAUCCACUUCCCGCUCAUAGGAAGCUUCACUUCAUGUGCGUUUUGCCUUGCACGAUGCCUUGUACGUGAAGACCUCGUUCUAUCUUUCGGUCGGUCAGCGGGCUCUUCUGUCCAGGUUGAAGUCCCAACGCGUCAGUUACACCUGAGAAUGUUUCUCAGCCCCCCUCCCAUACAGAGGAAGGGUCUUGGAUUUUCAUAUAUCCAGACCAUGCCUGCUUCCUAUGAAUCCACGUAUGUGACAUUGUACUGUAUCCGCUUUCUGUGCCAGUCAUCUGACCUGAUUCUUUGAAACCCACGAAGGUACUGGUUAUAUGUAGUAGUUGUAUUCUAGGUAAAUAUUGUGAUUAAAAUACCUCUCCUCUAAAUUAUAAAGGUAAUGGGUUUUGCAUUUUAUUAAAGGGUCCUGUUAUUAGUGACACAGGUUUUUUUGAAUGCUUCAAAAAUACUUACCUAAACUUGUUCAGCUAACUUCAUAUCAUCAAUUACUUAGCAAAUUCCUACUGGGUCUUAUUUUGGCAAGCCUUCCCAAGGGAGGCUGUAUCCAAACCGAGGUGGCUACUUUCCAUCUCCUAAAAGUACCAGUGGUGCAGCCAUCUCAUAAUCAUAAUUUAUGGCAAAAAAAUAACAAAAUUAUUUUUUCUUUGCAGUUAAUGGUACCUCACCUCAGAGGUUCUGAUACCUGAAGAGUUUAUCCAUAAAGUAAAAAUGACUUCCUACCAUAAAAUAACCCCAAAGCCACUCUCUAGGGUUUUGUUUUCUAGCUUUUUUGUCAAUUUCUUUUAUUUUUUAACUUAGUUUUGGAAUUACUUUAGCCACUUUGGUUCUUUAGAACAAGUUUUCAAUUUUGGGGUCUACAGUUCCUACAUUGUGAUCAUUGUCUCAGUGAAGUUCUUUUGUUUUAAAAGAUUCAUGGUAACACAAAAUGUAUUUUACUGCUACAACUAAAAUGUAUUUAUAAUAAAAUGCCUUUUUAAUAA